AUGUCAGGGCUCAGUACCGACGGCAUGGAGCCCGAAGAGGUAAACAUCAAAGAAAACAAGAUAAACGAUGACGUCAAGUCUUUCUUACUAAAGCGGAGCGAACAUGACCUGCCUCGAUACACUGCUAGAAUAAGGACCUACCUAGAUGUUAAAAGAAAGCGCCAGCGGGCGAAUGAGGCGCGACGCAAUAUUGAGAAAGAAAAAACAAAGAAGAAAACUGAGACUGAGACAAAAGAGGACACCGGCUUUUUCAGUAACGAUGGCGGUCGUGUCAGCAGGAGUCGCCGUGAUAAAGACGAGCGCGCCCGCCCUGCGUCACGUGGGCAGGAGCCCGCAGACCGUUGCUGCCGGCGCAGGCGCCGACGGAGAUCGUGUCGUCGAAGGCGCAGACGUCGUCGCCGCCGCAGUUGCAGAAGGCGCCGCCGUCGCAGUUGCAGUCGCCGCCGCCGCCGCCGCAGUUGCAGUCGGCGCCGCCGCCGUCGCCGUCGUCGCAGCUGUAGCCGUCGCCGCCGCAGACGAAGCUGUCGGCGAAAAAGACGCAAGAACCGCUGUGGAUGUCGUCGUUAA